CUUAUCUUUCCCCACGGUAAUUUAAUUACUUUAACAGUGAUUUUAGGUUUUUUAAUUAAGCUAUACUGACCAACAAGUGUGUUUCAUUAUGGGGGAAAAAGGAACGAAGAUCUGUCUAAUUACUUUCAAUGUUAUAUGCAUGAUAUGCGGUAUCGCUAUGUUCGUGGGUGGACUGCUUAUACAACUAAAUCCAACGGUAAAGAAUAUUCUGUCUUCCGUGGCAACAACUGCUUCACAAACUCAACUUGGUAUAGUAGCCGUUGUACUUAUAGCUCUUGGAGCUUUUGUUACAUUCAUUGCGUUUGUUGGUUGCUGUGGAGCGGUGUCAGAAAGCCGAUGCAUGCUUACAAUGUAUUUCUUGUCCUUGCUAAUACUUCUUCUGGCUCAAAUUGGAAUCGCAGUUGCUGCGUUAGUGUACGGAAGCCAGGGGUUUACCAACGCAAUUAAUACUCAAUUGGGUAUCUUGGUCCGUGGGUAUGGCCCUGAUCCAACUUCAGCAGCAAUUGUCGACACAAUACAACAGACGUUCUCAUGUUGCGGAUAUACUGGGCCAGAAGACUACAAGAAUUACGACCCAGUUACACCAACAACUAGUCCUGUUGUAACAACGGCGGCGCCUCUAAGCAACCAAACCAUGGCGACCACAGCUGCCAUUCAAGCUGCAACGACCGCCAUGGCACCUAUGAUUGACCCUGCUACAGUACAGCCUGACCCAAAAGCAAUGAACAACAGCAAUAAUAUGAAUGCGACGACGGCAGCUAUGCCAGGUACCGUUGCCCCGCCGAUGUUUUUAAACGGGACGUGGCCAGACAGUUGCUGCGUGAGAGUAAACGACGUGUACAAAAACCUUACACAAUGCAAGAACAACAAGUUACCAAAGACCGAACUUAAGGACUAUCUCAAUAUGAAGGGCUGUACUGCAAGCAUUGAUGAAUUUACAAAGCAGUACAUGAUCAUCAUUGGAGCAGUUGGCUUGGGAAUUGCACUUAUUGAGAUAAUUGCAAUGAUCGCGGCUUGUUCACUACGGAAAGCACUUGACUGAUUUCUCACGCCGUGAAAAGCAAAUGUGAAAACGAUCACAAACUUUCAUGAAAACUGUCUCGGUAUGGGGUAUUCCCAAAAACGGUGUAUAAUUUUUAGAUUCAAAUUUUAUUCUUUCUUUGGCAAACAUGACGCAUCGUGUGCAGAAUUGCCAGCGUAUAAAAAAAUUGUAGAAUUUUUUGUUUUUCUGUUUAUGUGGUUAUAAUUUUGAUUCGUUACCAUCUCGCUUUGAAAAUCAUAUUUAAAUAAAUAAAUUGUCGUAACCUCGAAA